CCUCAUACAUCAUCGUCGCUGAAACGUUACAUCUACGCGUUGGGACCAUUCUCAAGAAGAUACCGCGCCACAGUAACUGCAUUCCCCAAAAACGUCGGAAUGCAAGAUGCGACACCCGCUGGCUCAGCCUUGUUGGACUCUCUCCACCAAGUCGAGUUGAACCUGAAGGAGCAGAUGGAUGCGGAGAAGAACGCUAGCAAGGACAGCACAGAGACGUCCAGAGAAAUAUGGAAAGAGAAAAUGACCAACCUUACUACGCAACUUUCGGAAAUACGAGGCUCUAUCUCUGCAUUGCAAGCUGAAAACGGGCUUUUGCGCACCAAACUUUUGCUUUUAGAAUUUAAGCAACCGCCGCCUGAGAUCCUACGCAUGAUCUUCUCAUUCGCCACCUCGGCUCCCUUAUCCGAUGCAGCGAUCUGCGCUGGCCCGAACUCCUUGUGGUGUCGAACUAUGCUCACCAAGAGAUCUUUGAUGCUGGUAUGCAAACUCUGGCGCAACGUUGGGGUGGAAUCCAUGUAUCAGGACGUCGUUCUUCGCCGCCCUACCCAGCCCGCCCUUCUGUUGAGAACACUGGAGACUCCUGGCAAUAACUAUGGCCACUUCCUCUCAUCACUGUCCCUGACAUCCGCGACGGAACUCGCCGUCUUCGACGACCUCUGCAAUAUACUUGGUGGUAUUUUUCGCGCUUCACCCAGGAUCGAAAAGUUUAGCCUCGUCAACCCGUUCAGACCCACGCAUCAAGACGUCGGUAUCUUCGUACACGACUGGUCGAAGAUGCUGAAUUUGCUCGCACACUCCCCGUGCUCGACACACCUUACCCAUGUAAAACUCGCCGUCGCUGGCGCGGACGGUACUCUCGGUUUCGAUCCUUGCUCGCUGAAUAACUUUCCGAAUCUGACCUCCUUGGACUUCGACUCUCCAUGUGGAUCCGAAAACGCCCAAGCAUCGAAUCAGUCUAUCUCACAAAUUCGCCUCCGAAAACUUCGCCACCUCCGAUGCUCGAUGAUGAAAGACUCGCCCGGGGGUUUUCAAGUCCUUCUGUCGAUGACCUCGAAUCCAGCUUUACUAGCGCAGCUGAACAUGUUGACGAUCAGUUUGCCAUGCUUCGAGUACGACUUUCGGCCCUCCAGAAUCCAUUUGCGAAGUAUUCUCCAACUCUGUGGCCCACAGCUCACGUAUCUACAUCUUCAAAACGAGGGCCACGUCGCAUGGGGGGGAACACAUGUUGCGCGCCACAAUAUACAAGGACUUCUGCGACUUUGUCCCAAGCUCGAACACCUCAUCGUUCCGUUUCGACUCAUAGUGUCUAACCCCACAUUGUCACAUCCCACUCUACGGUACCUUGAUAUCUGGACGUCACCCAAAACAUGGCGAGAUUAUAACCUGAGUCUUACGGUUUAUCGCGAGACAUGUCCCAAUAUCAUUUCUAUCCGACGGCUCGAUAUCGCGUUAUCAUAUCGCUCAACCGACCUUCCCAUUCAUCUUCCUCCGGAUACGACAUUCCCGCCCGGCGUAUGCAGAAUGACCUUUGGCAUAUCAGAAAUCUCCAAAGUUAUCCAGACAUCGCACAAGAUACUCCGCAAAGAGACCGGCUACGUGUUUGACAACCCACCCGAGCGUUCGUCGAGCAGAAGUGAACGCACCUCAUCGGCGGGAAGUGAGGACUCCUCGUCGGAUGAAGAUGAAGGCUCCUCGUCGGACGGAAGUGAAGAUUCAAAGUGGGGUAGACGAAAAUGGCGAGAGCGCUCCACUACUUCAUCGGACGAGUUUACGGAUUCGGAUUCGACCGAUGGUAGUUCAGAUGUACUAGCAGAAGAUUGAGAUCGUAGUUUUAUGUACAUAGAUGGAUAUUGUAAAGGACGGCCGUCAUCUGUGACACAUGGGUGUCGCAACGGUGCAAAC